CUUCCGUAAGUACACGUCAUGCAACAGCAGCUUUUUACCUUCUGAACAUGCGCAGAACAACUCCUUCAAAGUAGCAGUGUGAAGAGAAGCAGCAGACGUUUUAGUGAAGAUGAAGACCGUGGUGUUUCUGGUCCUGGCUCUGCUUGCCGUGGGGUCAGGAGAGGAAGGAGCUCGUCUGCUUGCCUCAAAGUCUCUGCUGAACCGUUAUGCUGUGGAGGGCCGAGACCUGACGCUGCAGUACAACAUCUACAAUGUUGGAUCAAGUGCGGCGUUGGAGGUGGAGCUCUCCGAUGACUCAUUUCCUCCGGAGGAUUUCGGGAUCGUUUCUGGGAUGCUCAAUGUGAAGUGGGAUAGAAUUGCCCCAGCGAGUAAUGUCUCCCACACCGUGGUGCUCCGCCCCUUAAAAGCCGGAUACUUCAACUUCACCUCUGCCACAGUCAGCUAUCUGGCCCAGGAGGGCGGCCAAGUCGUGGUCGGUUACACCAGCGCCCCUGGUCAGGGAGGGAUCCUUGCCCAGCGAGAGUUUGACCGCCGCUUCUCACCUCACUAUUUGGACUGGGCAGCAUUUGGCGUCAUGACUCUGCCGUCCAUUGGCAUCCCACUGCUCCUCUGGUACUCAAGCAAGAGGAAGUACGACUCCCCGAAGGCCAAGAAGAACUGAACACAGACGGGGGGAUGGGGUGUUCAGAGAGGAAGGGAGGGUUCAGAAUGGGUGGGGUCAGAGGGGUUGUGGGGUGUUGUGGGAGGAGGUUAAUAACCCAUAUUGGGGUGAGAGAUGAACUAAACGGAGACCAAAAUAGAUGAUCUGAUUUACAUUCAUAAACUCGGAGUCAGAACGUUAAACUUUUAUUACAGUAACAAACUGGUUUAAACGUGUCACAGUAAUACAAAUAUAUUUAAUAUUAAUGUGUUAUUGUAAUACAAGGUUUGAAUUGUUCAUAGUCAGACAGGAAGUCAGUGGCUGGUUGUUUCUCUUCAAAAUAAAGAAUAACCUGUUUUCUAAA